UCCAACACCAGCACUACCACUACCAUCACCACUACCAGUACCACCGCCACCACCAUCAGCACCACCUCCAUUUCUGCCUCCUCGAUCAGUCGACCCCGUGCAACGCGGCAUGCCGGUUGCCGCGUGAUAUUGUGUCUACAUAUGUGGUGCGUUUGUCGUGAAAGCCCGCCGGAAUCUUAGAGUCAAAAUCGUAAUUUUUAACGAUUAUUAUCGGGAAGAAAGAGGAAAAAAGGAGUGCACCGCAAGGAGUGACACCAAGUCACUACUGGAAACAAUAUAUUUUAAAGGGAGGAGGUAAAAAGAUAGGCGAAUAAAUGCGGAAGCGAUUUUGAGAGGUGAAGCUCUAUAUCCUGCGCGCGUGCGUGUAAAUUGUGCAUAAAAGUGUGUAUGGAAGGGAAAGUAGGAUGAGUUUAGAAAGUAACAAGAGGGAAAGAAGAAGGAAACGGAGAAAGAAGGGACGAAGGAUCUUGAUGGGGAUGAUUGAAUUAGAGAGUGAAAAUUGGUCAUUUGAGAGCUCGUGGUGUGAUGAGAAAUAGCUUAUCGCUAGUGACGUGACUUUAUGGUGAAAAAGAGCAAUGACAGUGACGACGAAAACAAAGACAAAAACGAAAACGAUAACAAAAAGAGGUAUUUUUCUCUCUCUUUCUCUCUCUCUUUCUCGGAAAUCGGACAGAACUGACGUGUGUCGAGUGAAAGCUCGACAAGUUAAUUACCGCGUAAAGACGCUCGUGGGACUAUCGCGUACGAAUUCACCAAUGGACAAAUAGUUCUAUUUCCAUUAUCCAGAAGACAAAGAACUGAGAGUUUUUGAAGGUAAAAAGAAACGAAGACGUCAAUUUUGACUCGGAGCAAAAUUUUCUUAUUCCGAACUUACGCGGCUAGGAUAUCCGGUCUGAUCAUGAGUUCAUGGAUGAACUGUCCAUCUUCGUUGCUGUUGUUGUUGCUAGGCUUGAGCCUGCACAGCGCGUGCAUCACGCGAGCAAAUGGUCAACACGGUGGCCAGGAAGGUGGUAAUCAUGAUUCCUUAGUGGUAGAGACUACUAGCGGGUUGAUGCGCGGUUUCUCUCGGACGGUGCUUGAUCGUGAAGUUCACGUGUUCUACGGAGUGCCGUUUGCGAAGCCUCCGGUCGGGCCUUUGCGAUUUCGCAAGCCGCUGCCGAUCGAGCCCUGGCAUGGGAUUCUGAACGCUACCAUCUUGCCCAAUAGCUGCUAUCAAGAACGCUACGAAUACUUUCCUGGCUUCGAGGGUGAGGAGAUGUGGAAUCCAAACACCAACAUCUCCGAGGACUGUCUCUACCUCAACAUUUGGGUGCCGCAGAAGUUGCGUCUACGUCAUAAAGAGUCGCCGGACAAUGUCGGUAACAACGGCAUGGCGAUACUGGUGUGGGUCUACGGCGGUGGGUUCAUGAGCGGUACUGCCACCUUGGACGUCUACGACGCUGACAUUAUGGCAGCGGCUAGUAACUCGAUCAUCGCUUCGAUACAGUACCGAGUCGGCGCCUUCGGUUUCCUGUAUCUCAAUCAGCACUUUAGCAAUAGCGAGGAGGCGCCGGGCAACAUGGGUCUCUGGGACCAAGCCCUGGCUCUUAAGUGGCUCCGCGAGAACGCGCGUGUCUUCGGCGGUGAUCCCGACUUGAUCACGAUAUUCGGUGAGUCCGCGGGUGGUAGCUCGGUAUCUCUGCAUCUCAUCUCGCCUGUCACGCAAGGUCUAGUGCGCCGAGGGAUCCUUCAGAGUGGCACACUCAAUGCACCGUGGAGUUAUAUGACCGGCGAGAAAGCGAACGAGGUGGCUCAAGUGCUAGUGGAUGAUUGCGGAUGCAAUUCGACGAUGCUACAAGAGAAUCCGGCACGAGUUAUGGCCUGCAUGAGGUCCGUGGAUGCGAAAAUUCUCUCCGUGCAGCAGUGGAAUAGUUAUUGGGGUAUCCUCGGCUUCCCGUCGGCGCCUACUAUCGACGGGGUCUUCCUGCCUAAGGAUCCGUUGGACUUGGUCAGGGAGGCGGAUUUUAAAGACACUGAGAUCCUGAUUGGAAAUAACGAGAACGAAGGAACGUAUUUUAUCCUAUAUGACUUUAUUGACUUCUUUGAGAAAGAUCAAGCCAGUUUUUUGGAGCGAGACAAGUUUCUCAACAUCAUCAAUACUAUCUUCAAGAAUAUGUCGCAAAUUGAGCGCGAAGCCAUUAUUUUCCAAUAUACCGAUUGGGAUCGAGUAAACGAUGGUUAUCAAAAUCAGAGAGCGAUAGCAGACAUCGUAGGCGAUUAUUUCUUUAUCUGCCCAUCUACACAUUUUGCGCAAUUAUUUGCAGAUCGCGGCAUGAAAGUCUAUUACUACUUUUUCACACAGAGAACAAGUACGAAUGUAUGGGGCGAAUGGAUGGGCGUGAUGCAUGGUGAUGAAGUGGAAUACGUCUUUGGGCAUCCCUUGAAUAAGUCUUUGGAAUACACUGACGAAGAACGGGAUCUGUCUUUGAGAAUGAUUCACUACUUUUCGCGAUUUGCAUAUACAGGGAUGCCAACAGUAACCGAAUCUGAAUGGCCACCUUAUACAAGAGAUCAUCCAAAGUAUUUUAUUUGGAAUGCAGAAAAAAAUGACUUUGGUAGAGGUCCUCGCACAACAGCUUGUGCAUUUUGGAACGAGUUUCUACCACGCCUAAAAGGGGUUCCUGAUCCUACUCCCGAAGCAUGUAAGAGCGCAAUGGCAUCAAGCGUUUCUGCGGGUGUCGGCGAAUUGCGUGGUUCACCAAUCGCAUCCAUUCUGUUACUUCCGUUGCUAACAAUGACGUCUCAAACUAUUUUUUGGAUAAAAUAUUGGAGAACAUUAUCACAGCCACGCUAUACUCCUCGCAUCCUGGGAAGGCGAUUCGCUUUAACCGCCACUGCCUAGAAAUAUUUGGAUAUCGGUGUCAGUGUGGGACGUGAACCUUUUGUGGAGAUGAUUCUUGGCGACAACAAAAGCAAUCAGAUACAGCUGUCACGUGAUACCUGGGUAAUAAUGAUCGAGAAACGCAUGGAUAUCGAGCGACUCCUGCAGUCAACCAUCGCUACAUCGUUGUGGAUUAAUGAUCUUUUCAUCGAACUCGUCAAAUUACGUAAUGAAAUUGUCAUAAAAUUUACAUUAAAUAACAAAGCUUUGUAUAUGAAACCUUUGACCGUGCAAUUUUUAUUAAAUCUUGAAGAUGUUAUCAAUAAUGUCUACUUUAAGUUGUGGGAUGAUAUGCACGUAGUAAAAGAAAAAUAUAAUCGAUUUGUAAACUGCUUGCAGCGAAAUAACAUUAAUAAUAAGUGCGAUGCUGUAAAGCUAUUAGAUGAAAUAUGUGUAAAAACUUCGCUCAUAGAUUGCGAACUGAUGGUUUAUGCAUCAGACAAUAUUGUAUAUAAUGCUUUGAAUAAUAAAUAAAUAUGUAUUUGUAUAAA